UACGUGUCUAGUUAGGCAUGUGAAAAAUUUCAAUCCUACAAAACAAAUUUGUAUAAAAGAAAGAUACACGAAUAUUCAAUGAAGGUUGAGCAGGAGAAAUAAAAAUUUAUAAUUUAAAAAUAUAUAAAUUCGGAGAUUUUUAGAUUAUGAGUUGUGAACUUGAACUGUUUCGAGUCGUUUGAAUGAAUCGUUUAUCUAUACGAGUUUCAUUCAAAAUUUUGUGUCGAGAUAUGUCUUACACGCGCAGGGAAACAUUUAUAUAGUAGUUACUUCAUCAAUUCAAAGCUGUCGAGUUUAAUUAGAUAAUUUACAUAUUUGCUUGUUUUUUACUUUGUAAUGGGGCAAACUUGCAAAUUGUGAAUUAACGUAUAGAAAAUUAGUGUAUUUGUAGCAGUUGUAUGGAGUACGUUAAAUUCUGAAUUCUGUCAGUCACGACCGAUGCUUCAGGUGAACCAUAAGCACCUGGUAUCGCAUCAAUGAUCGCAAAAAGACGUUAAAGUAAAGAGAGAACACAUGAAAUAACCAUCGUGUUUCUUUUUUCUUUACAAAAAUUUAUAAAAGUGCUUUAAAAGAACACACAGUGGUAGUGGAAGAGCAACUUAUCGUUCGUUACUUGUGACAUAACGAAUUUUGCUAGAGUUCAUUUACGUAUGAAACGUGCUUUCGGUAAACAUACCGAUCGGAAUAAUAUCGCAAAUUCGUCCUUUUUUUUAUCGCAAUUGUGCAAUCUCCGGAAUGCAGAUGCUAAAGCAAAGCACGGAAGCGCUUCCUAAUCGUAUCUUCGGAAUUAGGCACCUGCAGGUGCUGCUGCUCUUUUUGGGUAUGACCAUCGGAUACAGUCUUAGGGUUGGGAUGUCAGUGGCCGUGGUACCGAUGGCGAAUGCAAGCACCGCGAAUCCAGAUAUUAAGGAUUACGGUUGGAAUAAACAGGAAAAGGAUUUAGUACUUAGCUCGUUUUUCUGGGGUUACGUAGUGACGCAGGUGCCAAGUGGCUACAUCGCCAAUGUCUGGAGCGGUCAGAAACUCCUCGCCAUCGGGAUGCUUAUAUGCGGAGUUUUAAAACUCUUAACACCGGUUGUCGCUUCAUGGGGUCUGUGGGCUGUCCUGGUUUGCAGGGUAGGCAUGGGUCUCACUCAGGCUUGCCUGUUACCUUGCAUCCAAACCCUCCUCUCUAAGUGGGCGCCACCCGCUGAGAGAGCACGACUGGGAACAUUCGCUUAUGCGGGCGGCCAGUUUGGCACGGUAAUCACUAUGCCGAUUGCUGGACUUCUCGCUGCAUCGAGCGCUGGUUGGCCUAGUAUCUUUUACUUAUUCGGUGCGUUAGCGAUCGUCUGGAGUGUAGUGUUCUUUUAUUUUGGAGCAGAUGCGCCUUCGGAUCAUCGUAGCAUUUCUCAAGAAGAGAAGAUGUACAUAGAAGAAAGUUUGAAAACAACUGAAACGAAAAACGAUGACGAAGUCACGCAGAAGAUGAAAACUCCGUGGAAGGAGAUCUUCACUUCGGUACCUAUGUGGGCUCUUAUAAUAGUUCAUUGCGGACAAAAUUGGGGAUACUGGACCCUAUUGACAGAAAUACCAAGUUACAUGACAGGCGUAUUGAAUUACAAAGUUGAAGCGAGUGGUGGACUUUCCGCUCUGCCAUAUUUGGUGAUGUGGAUCCUUAGCUUUCCUAUUAGUUGGUUAUCUGAUUAUGCAUUGAAAAAAGGUGCGUCCAGAGGUAUGGUCAGAAAGAUUUCUAACACGGUGGCUCAUUGGGGUCCGGCUCUCGCUUUAGCAUGUAUGAGCGCAAUACCCAAAGAUGGUGGCCCUGAAUGGGCAAUCUUCAUCCUCACCCUGGCGGUAGGUUUGAACGCUGGAUCUUUAUGUGGUUUCCAAAUCAAUCACAUUGAUCUUAGCCAAAAUUUUGCUGGAACCAUGAUGUCCAUUACCAAUUGCUUCGCUACUGUUACCUCCAUUAUUGCACCACUAAUAUGCGGUGUAAUCGUCUCCGAUGAGAGUAGUGUGUACCAAUGGAAUAUUGUGUUCUACGUUUCGGCGGCGAUCUAUUUCCUGGGUAAUUUAGUGUUUAUAAUAUUUGGCAAGGGUGAGGUACAAUGGUGGAAUGACCCAGAGGCACAGAAGCAGAAACAUAGAAGAGACGAAGAGAACGAGACGCAGACCUGAAAUAAAGUUAAUUUUGAUACUUUUUAGAAUUUUUGUAAUUUGCCACGAGAAUAGUGUGCGACUUAAAAUCAGUCUGCUCGAAGUUAGGACUGGAGUUCAUUUAUAUUAAAUUUAAAUGUAUUUCUUCAAAUCAGAAUUACGAUCGCCUAUAAAGUCGUUAUUUAUUGUUAUCAUUGACGAAUUACUGUAUAUAUAUAUCAUUGUUUCGUCAUGGAGUAUAUAAUGUAAUCUUUCAAUUCUGUUAUAUCAGUGUGUUCGCUACCCAUUUUUUUCAUUCAUCAGCAUUGUUAUAAUUUUUAAUGUCACCAAUAAAAAAAGUCUGUAAAACUGA